UGUUCGCGGAAUAUUGAAUCGAUAGAUUUGGCGAACUUACCCUAACCCUACAUCUGCAUCUCUUCCGCAAUCAAGAUUUCAUCGCUGUACCUCCUCUACCCUAAUUCUGUUCGUUAACCCUAAACCCAGCGACUAUGCCCGGUGAUUCGAUUGAACCAACGCGCCGCAAGCACCGCCGAUCCUCCUCCCCCGACGACGCGGAGGAGCAAUCCAAACGCCGCAAACAUCGCCAUCAUCACCGCCACCGCCACCGGAGUAGCAAAGAAAAAGCAGAAACGACCAAGCUGGAAGAAUUGGAUGGUGAUAGAAUCGAUGAUACCGAGGUUGAAUUAAUGAAAUUGGAAAGCACUACGGAGAACGGUGUAGGUUCUUUGAGCGAAGUUCCGGUGAAGCGUAAUGAUUUUUCUGGGUUUGAUUAUGAGAUGGAGGAAGGCGAGAUUGUGGAGGAUGAUGGUUUGGUUGAUUUUGUUAAUGAUGAUUCUGACAAGUUCAAAAAGGAUGUUGGGUUUGGGGAUAUUAAGAAGAAUCCACAGUCUGAUGUUGAGUUUCGGGAAAUUAAGAAGAACGGAUGUGAUGAUUUUAACAUGGGAUUUAAUGGAGAUAGUUUGGAAACAGUUGAUAAAAAGUUUCAGAAAUUGGGGAAGGACAAAACAGAUAGCAAAGAAAGUGCCGAGAUAGAUCAGGAGAGAUUAUCUAAUUCUGUGAGUCUCGCAAAUGGUGGUUAUGGACAUAAAUAUCAGGAAGUGGAUAGUACACGUUUCUCUAGAGAUGAUAAGCAGAUUCACAACUUUGCUGAUGAAGUUGACCGAACAGGUUUGAGGAAAUCUUCAUCUUCUGAGAAAGUGCCUGGGGCCGGAUCCAACUCUCAUGAAACUCACCUGAAAGAGAGAUCAUAUAGUAACCUAUUGAGGUCUCCUGAAUUGUCUAGGGGAAGGUCCCGGUCCCGGUCCCGGUCCCGAAGUAUCGUACGUGAAGCUUCUGUGGAAGACCCCUAUUGUAGGGAGAGGAAACAUCGGAGUGGAUCUGACGAUGAACGGACUGUUAGAGAUGCCAAACUGUACAGACCCAGCUGCAGGGACAUCAAGGAUAAAGAACGGGAGCGUAGCUCUAGCAGCAGGUAUACAGAGAGAGUAGAAAGACACAGGGAGGCUCGGGACCCUAACAGGGAGGGCAGCAGGGACAGGGAUUGGGAUAGAGAUAGAGAUAGAAUUAGAGACAAAGGAAGGAAGGAGGAGGACAUCGUAAGAGAUAGAGAUAGAGAAAGAGAAAGAGAAAGAGAAAGAAACAGGCUUCGAGACAGAUACCGAGGAGAAAGGGUGCAAGAGAGGGAGAGGGAGAGGGACAGGGACAGGGAUCAUGUAAGAGAAGACUAUAUCAGGGAUCGGGAGAGAGAUCGACAAGGGGUUAGAGAUGACAGAAGGGCUAGAAGCAGGGAUAAUGAUAUAGAUCGAUUAAGCAGACGCCAGAAAUAUGAGAAGGGUGAAGAUGCUCAUAAAGAUAGGUAUAAUGAAACCAGGCACCGAAGAAACUAUGAAGAUUACCAUACAGAGAAUACAGGAAGUGAUUUUGAAAAUGAGAGAUCUAAAGAUAAAGAGGGGAAUGAGAAGUUGGAGAGAGAUCUUGACAGGCAAGAGGACUAUCAAGAAAAGAUAGCAGUGCAACUUGCUGAGCAGGAAGAGGAUGAUCUUGAGAGAAUCAAGGAGGAAAGUAGGAGGCGAAGGCAAGCUAUCCUUGAAAAGUACAAAAACAAACAGCAAAAACCUGAAACUCAUUUACAAGCAGUGGAUGCAGUUGUAGAUACACUAGCACAAGUGGCAUCUGCUGAAGUUCUACCUGAAAACUCUGACAAUCAGACUGAAGGAGUAGAUGAUUAUGUCCCUGAACAGUCCUUUGCUGUGGGGAAAUCUCCUUCGCAAAAUGGUGUUUCAACUGUAGAAAUGCCCACUGGAACUGGCGGGCUAGGAGAGGGUACCCCCAAGAGCGAGAGAUCCAAUGAUAUGUUUUGUGAUGAUAUAUUUGGAGAAUCACCUGCUGGAAUUCGUAAAAUGGGUAAAGGGGAUGGUAUAGCUGUUGAAAAGAGUGGACUAAAUGACAACUGGGAUGAUGCCGAAGGUUACUAUGGCUACCGUUUCGGGGAAGUACUUGAUGGCCGUUAUGAGAUAAUAGCUUCCCAUGGAAAAGGUGUAUUUUCAACUGUUGUUCGGGCAAAGGAUCUAAAGGCAAAGCCUGGGGACACUGAUGAAGUAGCAAUUAAAAUUAUACGUAAUAAUGAAACAAUGUAUAAGGCAGGUAUGGAAGAGUUGGUCAUAUUAAAGAAGUUGGCCGGUGCUGAUCCUGAGAGCAAGCGCCAUUGUGUUCGUUUUCUUUCUAUCUUCAAGUACCGGAAUCAUCUAUGCUUAGUUUUUGAAUCUCUUCAUAUGAAUUUACGAGAAGUUCUGAAGAAAUUUGGUCGUAAUAUUGGUCUGAAGCUUACAGCUGUGAGGGCAUAUGCUAAGCAACUAUUCAUAGCACUGAAACAUUUGAAAAAUUGUGGCGUUCUCCAUUGUGAUAUCAAACCUGAUAAUAUGCUGGUCAAUGAAGCAAAAAACGUAUUGAAGCUUUGCGACUUCGGUAAUGCCAUGUUUGUCGGUAAAAAUGAAAUCACACCCUAUCUUGUUAGCCGUUUUUAUCGCGCCCCUGAGAUAAUUCUAGGACUAUCAUAUGACCUUCCCAUGGAUAUAUGGUCAGUUGGUUGCUGUUUGUUUGAGCUUUACACUGGGAAGGUCUUAUUUCCUGGUGCUACUAACAAUGACAUGCUUCGCCUUCACAUGGAACUGAAAGGUCCUUUCCCUAAAAAGAUGCUUCGUAAGGGAGCAUUUACGGAUCAGCACUUUGACCAGGAUCUGAAUUUUCUUGCGACAGAUGAGGACCCAGUCUCAAAAAAGCCAAUAAGGAGGCUGCUUGUAAAUAUCAAGCAAAAAGACUUUGGCACAUUAAUUUCAGGAUCUCCUGGUGAGGAUCCAAAAAUGGUUGCUAAUUUUAGAGAUCUUAUGGAAAAGAUAUUUGUCCUUGAUCCAGACAAGAGGUUGAAUGUAUCACAGGCCUUAGGCCAUCCUUUCAUCACGGGCAAGUGAACCAUGAUGCUGAUUUCUGACUACAGAAUUGCUGUUGCAUUAGAUACUUAUGCAUUAUGGUCUCGUCUCAAUACUGAAUUAUCUAAUUGGACAUUUAUCUGUCUUUGUCUGCUGUCUGGGAGCAAGAAUUCAGGAGACAGUGAAUGGGGCAUGGUUGGAUUUCUAAGAGAUGAUCUUUGGGAAGGCUGUUAUCGUGGAGUUCUUUCCAUGGAUACUUUUCUGUUUCUAUUGAUUCUUCUUAUGCUAUGAAGAAACUGUUCAAUGCUUUAGAUGAUUAAAGGCACUCUGGAGAAGGACUGUAUGCCCCGGAGAUGUUAGGAUGCUGCUCUGAAGUAUGGAAUAACUCAAGGUUGAGCAUCUCCCCUUGACGCUGGUGAGUGACCUCUGUGUUCCCUGCUGUUUUUGGUCUCUUCUUUUUUCCUUUCAAAUCUGGCCUGUGAUGCUUAGACAUCCCUGGCAUCAUGUUCAUCUGUCUAUUCAACUCCUUUCAAAUUACUGGUCCAGUUGGUUUCAACUUUUUUCAUUGACGAACUUUCAAAUUACUGGUCCAGCUAUGGAUAGUACCCUUGUUUAGUACGCAAAUCCGUUUUCGUGCAGUUCAUGGCUUUCAAAAAGUAAGAAGCUCUUACUCUUGGCUCUACAUCUGAAUUUUAAUUAAACUCAUUUAAAAAACUCUUAUCCCCCAUCCCAACAAAGGAAAAUAGAUCAUAUUUGAACUAGAAAAUCUAGAUUGAAUUUCGUCUAUGGUUGAAAGUACUAUUAUAUGCAAGCUUAUAAUCAAUUUCCAAGUGUGCGCAAACUAUAGGCUGUCAUUAAUGUUUGGGUUGAGAUUUUUUUUCAAUUUUAGAUGUUGUGUUAAAUGGAAAUAUGAUUUGCACAUGUACCAUGUUAAGAGCCAUGAUGCUAAGGUGGGUUCACAAAUUAUAAAUACUGUAUGAAUUUGAUGUGUACUGAAAUAACCUUCAGAUUAGGUAAACCAUUUACUUAAAUAAAUAAUUAAAGAAAGAUUUGCUGAGAGCUCAGUAUUGGUGAAGCAGCAUUCUCUUAUUACAUGGAUGGAAUGGGCAAAUGUAAAGGUAUAUCUGUCUCUUGAAGCAGUGAUUCCAUGUCUUUUAACUUGAUCAACUGUCAACAUGCCACAACGUACUUAAAUGUAAUGAGAUUGAAGUGCCAUGCCACAUGUUUUACCUGUGCAUCACUUCUCCUUCUAUAACUGUGUUUCUUAUACUAAAAAACAAUGAAACUUUUUCUGUUUAAAAAUAUAUUGGUUAAUGUUGUUCUGCCAAGUGUUGAGAGAGUAAUGCGCGCUGUAAGACGAUAUAUGGUGCAGAGUUGUAAAGUUCAUUUUACAUUUUGUUCAUGUUGUAUCCUGGUGAUUAUAUUGGUUCCAGUUGCUGGUAAGUGGCUACUUAUGAUGGGCGAUAAAUCUACAUAAUUCUGCUGUAAACCUAAUAUUAUGAAGAAGUCUAGCCUAUGGCUCAGAUUGUUAUAGGAUGCUUGUUGAUGUGGAGUUGACACUUGACAGGUUCUUGGUUUUGGUUUUGUUAACAUUCUCGUAGAGAUUACUUUCGUUGUGAUCAUUUACUGCUUGCUUACUGCAAAUGUAAGGGGAUAGGUUGAUUUUGGUAAAAGUUGAUAAUGUGUACUUGUUUAUAGUCUAAGUACUAUUAAAUCCCAGAAGCAUUUUCUUCUUGUUA